ACCGUUGAUACCCGAGCCGAACACAGCGCGAUGGGGUCGACGCUUUCGUCGUCCAACGACCAUUGCUGUGGCACUGAUGCAACGCCGACAACGCCGCCGCCCAGUCGCGACGAGCUCAAGCAGUCGAUCGGGUACAUCUCCCCGCACGCGGUACCGCCCUCGCCGCCGUCCUUGUCGCCUUCCACGGCCAUGGAUGACGUGGACGUGAGCACCAUCUUUGUGCGCGAUAAGACGCCACCCGUGAGCUGCUUGGUCGAUCCGGUCAAGCGCGCCAACUCGCCAAGCAAAGCCACGAAAAGCGUGCGCUUUGACGCGAAACGUAUCUUUGAAGAGCGGCUCAAGACAGAUUUGCCGCUGGCGAGCUCGACGAGCCACCUCGUUCUCCGCCGCCGCUACUCGGUGAGCGGGUCGGGCGACGCGCUGCGUCUGCGCCAGCACACCGACUACGUUGCCGUCCAGGCGCCGCCGCCCUCACCCGUGCGCCCGUCGGUGCUCUUGCGACUUCAAGAAGAGCGCGAUAAAAUCCACAACGAAUGGGCACGCUGGGCCAAGGGUUUCAAGGUGCCAGCCACGUUUACGUCGCCGCCACAGCAGAAUACUCGCCCCGUCACGUCGGUGCCCAACCUCGACCUCGACCUGACACCGUCGUGUGACGAGACACUUUUGUUGGAGCCGGCGUCGCCACGCAAAGCCAAGCGCAAGGACAGCUUGGAUGGGUCGUUCCGCGCCGCGCUCUCGGUGCCACGCGCGGUCGCCAAGCGCAACUCGAGCGCCUUUCCCGGUUAAGCUCAACUAUCUAUCGACAUGCGAGAUCGAACCGUCUCGCCCAUGCAUCAUGAAUCCACAGGGCAACGCAUCGUAUGUAGUAACUGCAUACUCAUAAGUUCGGUGAGGGAG